GAAACUAAGGCAUGGAGAUAGUUGAUAUCUGUCCUAUGGACAGGGUAUCCCAGUGGGCCUGACUUGAGAUGGGAAAAUGUUACAGCAAGAAAUCUGUGGCCCUAGGGUAUGAAACCCCAUGGAGAAGCAGCAUCACAUCUGCAAGUUCAGAGUCCAAUAUACAACGAAGAAACAAGAUACUGAAAGAGUCCCAGGAAACCGGACAGAAGUCGUUUACUUUGGCACAACUUGAGGCCCUGGAGAUCUGCCUGAAGGAAGCAGAAGAAAAGGCUAAACGCUUAUCUGAACAGCUUGCAGCUUCUGAAGGAACAAAAUCAAAAUUACUUGAGCAAGUUUUCUGGCUGGAGAAAAAACUAAGGGCUCUGGAUCAUAAAGAAGAAAGUGGGGAAUCAUAUAAAAAAAUGGUCCUUGCAAAAAACCAGUACAUUGAGAAAUUGCAAGCCAAAGUGAAAGCUUCCCAGGAGCAACUUAUAGCCCAUUUUCCUUACUUCCGCUGUGUCUGCCAAGUCAAACACCUGUGUGAAAGAGACCUGUCAAACAGAUCACACAGAGGGAGUGAUGCUAAGAUGAUGGAGAUAAUCAGAAUGUGCUACAAAGACAAGCUGACCUUCUUGAAUCUCCAGAGCCUCAAGACAACAUCCUGGGAAGAAUACAGCCAUCUUGCAAAUAGGAGGGAGAAACAAGAGAAACAACCUGGCUUCCCUGAGUCACAAAAAGACAGCCCUCAAGAAGAGUCCUGUGGCGGUCUCCCGCCUGUGGAAGAAGGUGAUCAAAAAGUUAACCUGAUUAUGGAGUUGUCAAAGCAGGUUUCCCUUCAGAAUGAAAAGAUCACCCAGCUGGAAGAAAUUUUAGAAAAAAAGGAAAAGAAAAUUCAGCAACUGGAAGCUGAGCAGGGAUCCCAUCCUUUCUAAGAAGCUGAGGACUCCAGAAUGUUUACAAGAAGCCCCAAUUUUCCUUAAUAUUAGUGUCACCCCUGUGAUCUCUAAUGAGGAUAUGUAAGGAUUCCCAAUAAGAAAAUAAUAAAUGUUUAUUGUU